UGAAUAGCGGACAUCAAAUGUAGUUCACUUCCAACGUGGUAAUGCAGAAAUUUUGCUAUUUCGUCUUAGUUUUUAGCGUGAGCUCGCUUGUCUUUGGGCAUUUAAAAUGUCAUAGACCUAAACAUACAACACUUUCUUCAAUAGUUGAACAUGGCUAUCCGGCGGAAUAUCAUCGUGUCAUUACAGGAGAUGGAAAUAUUGUAGUUGUUUUUCGUAUACCGUAUUCGCCAAAACUACAUAAUAUGAACGCGAAACGUCCAAUAGUGUUGCUUCAACAUGGAUUGAUGAGUUCCUCCGACACUUGGAUAGCUUCAGGACCCAAUAAUGCUUUAGCCUAUUUGCUAGCGGAUGCUGGAUUUGAUGUGUGGAUUGGAAACACUCGUGGUAAUGUUUACUCAAGAAAAGCCAAGAAACCGUCGUGGAAAUUCAGUUGGCAUGAGAUUGGAUACAUCGAUAUGGCAGCUAUAAUCGAUUAUGCCUUAUGGAAAAACGGACAGAAACAGAGAUCCCUUCACUAUGUAGGCCACUCUCAGGGUACAACUGUAUUUUUCGUAUUAAUGUCCUUACGCCCUCAAUAUAAUGAGAAAAUCAAAACCGCGCACAUGCUUGCACCAGUAGCAAUAAUGAAAAAUAUAAACAGUAAAUGCCUUCGUUGCAUAGCAUACGUUUGUAGACCAGGGAGCUUAAUGAAUUACUUGCUUUCUGACGAGGCAAGCAUUACAUGGAAACUUGAAUUAAUUAUGAAGUUUUUAAAGAAAUACGAUUGUCCUCUCUUGGCUAACAUCUUUCACGAAAAGGACAUGAAUAAGACGGCGAAUAAUAUUGCUAUCAGACAUUUUCCAUCUGGAGGCUCUAAUAAUCAAAUACUUCAUUACUUGUUUAACAUCCGAAGUGGUGAAUUUCGACAAUACGAUUAUGGGCCAAGAAAAAAUAUAAGAAAAUAUAGUUCCAAACGUCCACCGUUAUAUCCAGUCGAAAGAAUAAAAUCUGAGACGCACUUGUGGUACUCAGACGCUGACACUUUUACUCCUGUGGUUGAUGUCUUGACCUUGGCAAGACGUUUGCCCAAAAGUAUUCUUCAUCGAAUGCCGGAUCCUAAAUGGUCUCACUCUGCGUUUACGGUACACAUGCAAGUUCGUAGAUUUGUGAAUGACCCAAUCAUUGCUAUAAUGAAGAGAUACGAGCAGAAAAAACCUAAAAAACAUAUAAUGAGAAAUAUAAGAUAUAUUCUUUGAAAAGUAAUACUAUAAAAUAAAAUGAUUAAUAAUAUGUACUAUAUGAAUU